CCAGCAGCAAGAUGAGCUACAGCUGGGAUCCUCUGGGCGCUUCCCCUUAUCGGAAGAUGCACACGGACCCCUCCAGGCAUCUGGCUCGGAACUUGGGCUACUCAACCCCCGGCUUCCGCGCCCAGAACUGGUCCAGGGGAACUGGGAGCUUCAGCUCCUCUGUCAAGCGCAGCAAUGUGUCCAGUGUGCGGGGAUACAGCCCGGUAGCCCACAGAUCCUCCGAGAGUGUGGAACUCAGUCACUCGUCUCUCUUCAAUGAUGACUGCAAAGUGAACGAGAAAGAGUUGAUGCAGGGUCUCAAUGACCGCUUUGCUGGCUUCAUUGACAAGGUCAGGCAGCUGGAGCAACAGAACAAGGGGCUGGAGGCUGAAAUCACGGACCUGAGGCAAAAGCAAACAUCUUCUUCCCAGCUGACCUGCAUCUACGGGCCAGAGAUCAGGGAGCUCCGGAACCUCAUCCAAGAGCUGGAGAACCAGAAGGUGCAGGUCCUGCUGGACAGGGACCACCUGGGGGAAGAUCUCCAACAGCUAAAGGGAAAGUUCGAGGAAGAAGCGCGAAUCCGAGAUGAGCUCGAAACAAACAUCCGAGUGUGUCAGAAAGGUAGGGACGAGGCUCACCUGAUUAAGUUCGAACUGGAGAAGAAAGCCCAGUCUCUCGCGGACGAGGUCGUCUUCCUGAAGAAUAACCACGAGGAAGAGGUGGCUGAUCUCUUCGCUCAGAUCCAGGCGUCGCAGGUUAGCGUCGAGAUGAAAGAUUUCCUGAAGCCUGAUCUGACGGGAGCCCUGAGAGAGAUCCGAGCUCAGAUGGAGGGAUACACCAGCGUUAACAUGCAGCAAGCAGAGGAAUGGUUCCGCACGAAAGUGGCCAAACUCAACGAAGCUGCAGAAAUCAACAAUGAAGCCAUCCAGAGCACAAGGCAAGAGAUCAGUGAGUAUCGCAAACAGCUACAGUCAAAGAGCAUAGAGCUGGAGACAGUGAGAGGAACCAAGGAAUCCCUGGAGAAACAGAUAAAUGACAUUGAAGAAAGACAUGAUGCAGAAUUAGUCCACUACCAGGAUACCAUUCAACAACUCGAAAACGAGCUGAAAAAUACAAAGUGGGAAAUGAGUCAUCACCUGAGGGAAUAUCAAGACCUGCUGAAUGUCAAAAUGGCGCUAGAUGUGGAGAUCGCCUCCUACAGGAAACUUCUUGAAGGCGAAGAGACAAGGUUUGGCACAAUUACAGGUAGCUUCACUCCUCCUUCAUAUACCUACAGACAAGCACAACCCAUGACUCAUUCAGUUUAUGUCACGACAAAGGCCAAGGGUACCCCCACAAAGGCUGCGCCUCAGUACAAAUUUGUAGAAGAAAUUAUAAGUGAAACAACAAAGGAGGUUGAUAUGGCAGAGCUAGAAGAUACCGUUCGAGGAGCUAUCUCCGAUGAUGGCUCUGGUGAAAAAUUCGAUGAGGAUGACCAAACUAAGCAGGAAGAUGAUGAAGAUAAGGAUGAGGCGACAACAGCUGAAGCUUCAGAUGAUGAGGAGGCUGAGAGAACGAGUGAAACAAAAGAAGAGGGUGCAGAGGAAGAAGCUGAGGAGAGCAAAGAAGCUGAAGAGGAGGAAACAAAAGCAACAGAAGAAUCUGAAGAGAAAGAAAGUGCUGAAGCAAAUAAAGUAGAAGAGACAUCUGAAACGAAGACUGAAGAAGAAUCUACAAAGACAAAAGAAAAUGAAGAUCUAGACGCUGCUGAAACAAAAGAAGAAGAUGAAACUACAGAAUCUAGAGAAGAGGAAGAGGCUACAGAGACAAACGAGCCCGACGCACAAGAAGCUACUGAAACAAAUGCUAAGGCUGAGCAACAAAAAGCUACAGAAAGCAAAGACACUGAAGAGAAAAAAGUUGCUGAAGGAAAACAGGGCAAAGAAGAAAGGACAGAGAGAAAAGAGCCUGAAGAGCAAGAAACAGUGGAAACAAAAGCUGAGGCUGAAGAGGAAGGAGUUGCAAGCACAAAAGAUGAAGAUGAAAGUGAGAAGCAAGCAGCUACUGAGGAAGAUCAGACUGAACCAGGCGAUGCUACAGACAAAAUAAAUGCCAAGGAACAGGGUGAAGACCAUGCAACUCAACAAAAAGAGGAGCCAAAAGGAGCAAACGCAAACCAAAAAGGUGAACCUGGAUCUGCAGCUGAAGAGGUUGCAGAGGAAAGUAAAGAUAGAAAGCAACUGGACAAACCAGAGCAAGAGUCACAUAAAGUGAAAGAAAAGACAAAAGCAGAUGAAAAAGAAGCUGCUCCUCAAGAAUUAGGAAAAGAAAGUGAAAAACAGACAACCAAAGUUGAGAAAGUACAAGCAAGUGAAGUCACAAAGGUGUCAGAAACAGGCCAAACCGGAAAGUCUAAAGAACAACCGAAAGAAGAAAAGGUCGAAGACAAAAAAGCUGAUGCCCCUAAGAAGGAAGGGAAAGAAGCAAACAAGGCCAAGGAAAUAGCAACACUGGAAGAAACAAAAACUGACAAAGAUAGUAACAAAAAAGAGGAUAGCAAGGAAAGUGAAGGAAAAACAGUGAAAGCCUCAGAAGCAGAGAAAGCGCAGGAAAAAGGUGGAAGCGACCAGCCUGAAAGCAAGAGCACCCAGUCUGGAGAGAAAACGCCGGAGGCUGUCUUAAACGGCUUGGAUAUCAAAUUGGAUAAAGAAGAAAAAGAAGUUGAAACUGACAAGAAAUCUACAAGAACUGCAACGGAGGUAAUUCAGAAAAUUGCAGAGGAAAGCAUCAAGACCAAGGAAGAGAUCGUGAAAGUCUCAGUUACCAGCACAGUGAAAAAAGAAGUGAUUGAAGAAACAAAAAAGGAAGAAAGAUCCAUGACAGUUUCAUCAGAUACUAAAAACGAGGUCAAAGAAAGUAGAUGAAUAAGAGAAAACUUAAUAGAUCAGACAGUAAGAAAUGCAUGUUACACAGUAAAUGUCUGGCACUUCAGCAAUUUAAGAACAUAGAAAUGAAAUGUAUGUUUCUGCAAUAGGAAGUAUGGGAUUUUCUCAGGGGAAUAAUUUCAAUUUUAAUUUAUUGCUGCAUGAAUAAUUGCACAAUUAAACAUUGCCAUUGCCAUGGGGUGCUUACAGAUAACUUUGACUUUGAGAAAUAGUUUUGAUGUCUAUGGAAUCAAAUACAACAGAAAAAGCCUUAAUUUUCCUGUUGAUUUUAAUAUAUUUAAGUACAUGCGCAUUGCGUACUGGAAUUCAGACAUUUUUGAGUCCUCGAUGAUACUAAUA